CGGGCGUACAAUAAUUAUUUUUUGUCUACUUUAAACAUAGUUUCGAAACAUAUUCAUGUAAAACAAAAGUGUGUCAUUUAAAUAAAAUUAUGUUUUAGACAUUUUCCUGUACAGUCCAUCUGACGUAAGGCCGUCGUCAGUCGGUGACGCUGUGUCUCUUUGUUGGCUUAGCAGCGGCGACGUUUUGUUGUUAUUUUCGCUGCAGCUGAAAAAUAGGCUCGGAUAAUUUUGGUUUUCGUAUUGUUCCGCAAUCAACAUUUCACACACUGUAGACUUAGGUGUGCUUGUCACAAGUUGAUAACCACCCUAGGAAUGGACUCAGACGAGGGUUAUAACUAUGAAUACGACGACGAAGAGGAGGAAUGUAGCGAGGAUAGCGCCGAAGAGGAGCCCGAGGACGACACCCUGGAGCUCGGUGAGGUGGAGUUGGUCGAUCCUGUGGUGGCCGGUGGGGAGCGAGACGAGUGCGGCGAGACUGGUGGAGGUGGCCACGGCCCCGGCGAGGAGGAGGAGGAGGACUACCGCUUCGAGGUUUUGACUGCCGAGCAGAUCCUCCAGCAUAUGGUGGAGUGUAUCAGGGAGGUCAACGAGGUCAUCCAGAAUCCUGCUACAAUAACGCGCAUCCUUCUCAGUCACUUCAACUGGGAUAAAGAAAAGCUUAUGGAAAGGUAUUUUGAUGGUAAUCUGGAUAAGCUUUUCUCCGAGUGUCAUGUCAUUAACCCCAGUAAGAAGCCUCGGAUCCGUCCUCCAAUCAACACUAGAUCAUCGGUACAGGACAUGCCAUGUCAGAUCUGCUACCUGAAUUUCCCCAACUCUUAUUUUACAGGCCUGGAGUGUGGACACAAGUUCUGCAUGCAGUGCUGGGGAGAUUACCUGACCACCAAAAUCAUAGAAGAAGGAAUGGGACAGACCAUUUCUUGUCCUGCUCAUAGUUGUGACAUUUUGGUUGAUGACAACACAGUCAUGCGCCUCAUAACAGAUUCAAAAGUGAAGUUGAAGUACCAGCAUUUAAUUACGAAUAGUUUUGUAGAGUGCAAUCGACUGUUAAAGUGGUGCCCUGCACCAGACUGCCAUCAUGUUGUCAAAGUCCAGUACCCAGAUGCCAAGCCAGUGAGGUGCAAGUGUGGACGUCAGUUCUGCUUCAACUGUGGAGAGAAUUGGCAUGAUCCUGUCAAGUGUAAGUGGUUGAGAAAAUGGAUUAAGAAAUGUGAUGAUGACAGUGAAACUUCAAACUGGAUUGCAGCAAAUACUAAGGAGUGUCCAAAAUGCCAUGUCACCAUUGAGAAAGAUGGUGGCUGCAAUCACAUGGUUUGUCGGAACCAGAACUGCAAAGCUGAGUUCUGCUGGGUCUGCCUGGGUCCAUGGGAACCCCAUGGCUCAGCCUGGUACAACUGCAAUCGCUACAAUGAAGAUGAUGCGAAGGCAGCCAGAGAUGCUCAAGAGCGCUCCAGGGCAGCCUUGCAGAGGUACCUGUUCUACUGCAACCGCUACAUGAACCACAUGCAGAGCCUGCGCUUUGAGCACAAGCUCUAUGCUCAGGUCAAGCAGAAGAUGGAGGAGAUGCAGCAGCACAACAUGUCCUGGAUUGAGGUGCAGUUUCUGAAGAAGGCAGUGGAUGUGCUGUGCCAGUGCCGCUCCACACUCAUGUUCACUUACGUCUUUGCCUUCUACCUCAAGAAGAACAACCAGUCCAUUAUUUUUGAGAACAACCAGGCAGACCUGGAAAAUGCCACUGAGGUGCUGUCUGGAUACCUAGAGCGAGAUAUCUCCCAGGAUUCCUUGCAGGACAUCAAGCAGAAAGUACAAGACAAGUACAGAUACUGUGAGAGCAGGCGAAGAGUGCUGCUACAGCACGUGCAUGAAGGCUAUGAGAAGGACCUGUGGGAGUACAUUGAGGAUUGAGGACACGUCCCAAUGCAACGGACUCUUGAGUAUCUUGACAAACUAGAGCGCUGAUGCAAUUUAACAGGGCAGCACGGGCCUUCUGCCGCCUCUCCUUUGGCAAACCAACCACUUUUGCAUCAUUUUUCCUGGAUUUGUUUAACAAAAUCUUCAAAGUAAAUUAUAUUUAAAUAAAAGGUAGAAUAAUAAAAAGAAAGUGUACUACAGUAUUGUUAGCAACAGAGUGGAGUCUUGAGAAAGCAGAAAAUCCAUCUUAAACAAAUACAUCCUUUUGGCUUGUAUUGUAACACCUCCCCUGAACUAUCUUAUUUUCCAUUUUGUUUUAUUUGCUUGUGAAUCUUUUUCUGUUUUGAUUUUGACUUUUGUUUUCCCAUUAGUGUGAAAAUAUUUUCAACACAGCUUUAAUUGUCCUGGCCAUGUCUGCAAUAUGUGGUGAGAUCCUUGUCUGAGUGGCUGAAUGUUGUUAGGUUGAUUUGCAAAGGGGCAAAGACAUUUCAGGGGGGAAGAGAAGAAAAAAAAACGUCAAAAGAACAAAUUAGCAAGUCUGUAUUUUUCAAUUUGUAAAUAGUCCAUAUGCAUGGAAGUUAAAGAGCAAGAGUGGCACGUGUUUGCAUCAUUUUGAAAUUUUGAAAUAUUUAUUCUUUACCAAUAUCGAGAAAGGUGUUCUUUUGCCAUGUAGGUUGAGUCUGUCUAAGCUGUGUGCUGGCUUGGAUGUCUUUGGCAAUAAGACAUUCGUCCUAUCAUCCUCCGUCUCUUCAGAGCAGUGCACAACUUACACCAUAUCAAUAAUUCUAAAUGGGGAUUGGUAGAAAGAUCUUAUCUUAGUUGCCAAGUAAUCAGAUAAAGGACUCAGUUAAAGUGCAGUGCUGAGUUAGAAACCAAGAGCAGAAUACGUUUUACAGUUCAAAGGUAAGGUAGAAUGCAACUGCCUUGUGUCUCUAUUCUAACCUUUUGCCGUAUCCUCUUAGUUGUUUUUAGAGGUAUUUAACAUUUAAGAAUAUUACUAAUUAUUUGCAAGAGCCAAACUGAGUGACAUUCACUCUUUUUUCUUUUUUUCUCUUUCCCGACGUGGCUUGAGGUAGCCCUCUUAAAGCUCAGCCUGCACCUUGGGGAUUGAAUGAGGGUAAUAGAAUGUACUGACAGCACGGCUUUGUCGUGCUGCUAAUUGGGCUGGAUCACUGUCAAACAGGGUCAUGCAUUUGCAUCACUCUUGCAGGGAAUACUUGGGUGGCAUGUGGCUGAUAGUGGCCAUGCCUCCUUUAAGAGAUCUCUUGCCUUGCGGUGAGACUGAACAAAGCUUUAAACCAAGCUUCACAGGUGGACUUGUGUGAUCCUUAGGCAGAUGAGGAAUAUAGGGCAAACUUCUAAAGGUUGUAGGACUGUUUUAUAAUGGCGUUAUGCUUUUGCAUUAAAGACUGUAUUUUUCGCACAUGGGUUGAGGAUUUGACAUUGAAAUGUCAGUGCCCCUCGAGGUUUUGCAUUGUUCUGUGGUGGUUGCUCUGGUUGUCAAGCUCUGCUUGUAAAUGCUCGUUCAUGUCUCUGCAAUAUGGCAGUCUUAACAAGAUUGACUGACUGGAGGAAACAUGGAUAUACAGGCACUGAUGCAAGUCAGAAGAUGACACCAAAGUGUCAGCUUUCAUUAAAACACAUCCUUUAACCCAGUUUCAGAUCUUUGGGGAAUUCUCACCCAAAUGCUUAUGUGUUCAAACUUAUUAUUUCAUCCUAGCAAAUUAUAAACUGUAUUGUUUUAUUUGAAUAAAUGUCAUGAGAAAUCUCAUUUUUGGGAGUACUGUGUGAGUCAUUAGAGUAGGUUUGGUCACAAUCAUAUUAAUUACCCAAACAUCCAUGAUGCAUUUCUGCGCUAUGUAUUUUUGCGAUGUAGUGUACGACAGACCUUGGCAGAGCUGUGUCUUCCAGAAUUGCGUGGAAUUCAUUUGGUAACUUUCUUUGAAAAAUUGAUUAGUCAAAAAUGUUAGUUUUUUUUUUUUUUUGCACCACUUUUACUUGCAGAUUGUAUGAUGAUCAGGUGGUUGUUUGUAUGUCACGUUUUAUUCAUUUUGUCUCUCAAGUCACAAACCAAUGAUGACACAGGUUGAAUGGAUAGUAACAAAAGAUGGGCUACUUUCUCUAAGCUGUCUUGCAGUAACACACCAGUUGUAGCUGUGAUCAUUAGGCUAAUAUACUCCCCAGGGCUCACUCUGUUCUCAUUGUGUCUGCUAGUAGUUCAUGAACAUUUUGACUUAACGUUUGAAGUAACAGAAGCAGCUACUUGCAUUAAAUUGAGACAUCCAAAAACUUUUAAUACUUUUCUACAUAUCUUUUCUUUAUGCUAUCAAAGUUGUUUUAUUUCCUAUUAGUGUAAAAAUGUGGGAAAAAUUAGUUGUCUGUUUUGGAGAAAAUAUUAAAGUGCAAAAUGUUGCAAACUU